AUGUCACAAGUUAAAACAUUAGCAUUGGUUACUGGUGGUUCAAGAGGAUUUGGUGUUGCCAUUUGUGAGCAACUAGCCAAGAAGGUUGAAAAUAUUGAUUUCUCAUUGUAUGCAAGAUCACAACAAGGUUUAGAGUCAACUGAGAAACUCAUCAAGCAGAUCAAACCAAGCGCAAAUGUUAAUCUAUUUGUUGCUGAUUUUGGUGAUAUUGCUUCAUUACAAUCUGUCUGGUCACAAUCUCUUAAAAAAGUUAACUUUAGUGAAUAUCAAAGAGUAUGGUUAUUUAAUAAUCAUGGAUCAUUAGGUCCAAUUACCAAUGUAUCAGAGUAUGUUUUCAAUUCAUUCUUGAUAUUUAUAGAUAUGGAUCAAGAUCAUUUGUCUAAUUUCAAAGAGAUUGAAUCAGAGAUAACAUUGAAUGUAACAUCUGUAUUUGUAACAUCAUCGUUGUUUUUGAAAGAGAUCAAAUCAGUUUCAACACCCAUCGAGACAUCGGUGAUCAACACAUCAUCGUUGGCUGCAAUUCAACCAUUCGAUACCUGGGGUAUUUAUUGUGUUGGUAAAGCUGCUCGUGAAAUGUUAUUAUCAGUUAUCACAGCAGAAUGUAAGGAUACACCAAAUAUAAAGACACUCAAUUGGUCACCAGGUGCAAUGGGCACUGAUAUGAAUAAAGAGAUUUUAGUUAAAACUAAGGAUGAAGGUUCCAAACAAUUCUGGGAGGAUAUGAUCAAGAACAACAAAUUAGUAGAUCCAAACUUCUCUGCUGGUAAAAUGAUUGAUCUUUUAAUUUCAAAUACAUAUACUUCUGCUGCUCAUAUCGAUGUUGCCGACGCUUAA